AUGCCUUCAAGAAUUGCUCCACUCUUCAUAGGUCAUGGUUCUCCCAACCUCAUAGCUCAACCCCUGCACAACAUGUCCAUAUUUCUCUCCACUCUGUCCACACAAAUCCAUCCAAAAGCCAUUGUCAUAUUCACAGCUCAUUGGGAAGAAUCCAUUGAGAAUAGAGGUGUGUCCAUUUCAUUCCAUGAAAAUGAAUAUAAAACAAUGCAUGACUUUCAAGGAUUUUCAAAAUUGAGUCAUGUUUCGUAUCCUGCUAAAGGUUCGCCCGAAACUGCACAAUUAGUCGAAACUAAAUUGAAUCAAAAUGGGAUAAAAACAAGAAGGGAGUAUGAUAGAGGACUUGAUCAUGGGAGUUGGGUUGUUUUGGGACUAAUGUUUCCAGAUUCUAAUAUUCCAAUAGUUCAAUGCUCGAUUGACCCAACAAGUUCAGCCGAAACUCAUUUCAAAAUAGGUAAAGCAUUGAAAGAAUUGAGUGAAAUGGAAAUAUUAGUAAUUGCAAGUGGUGGCACUGUUCACAAUCUAUUGGAAACCAAUUCUAAAAAGAAAAAAACUGAAAGAUGGGCCGAAGAAUUUGACAAUUGGCUAAUUGACAAGAUUUCACAAUGGAAUUUGAAAGAACUCUUCUCAUACCGUGAGCAUGCUCCUCAUCAUCAAUUGGCAAUUCCUAGAAGUGAACAUUUCCUUCCCCUCUUCAUAGUCAUGGGAAUGGCUCAAGAUGAAACAAGUGGAAAGGUUCUCUUUCGUCAAUAUGACUUUGGCUCACUAAGCUACCUGAGCUUUUCCUUCUAA